GCGCUGGGGCCCGUAGUGCGGCGGCCCGGCCGUUGUGGCGGCGGUUGCCGGGGAGCGCUGGGGCAGCGCCGCGCCGAGCCCCGCGCCCCGCGCAGGUACCGAACCGUUGGGCGGCGCCCGGGGCCGUGCCGAGCGCUGGGGCCCGUGGGGAGAGCGCCGGAGCCCGGGGGGAGGCGAUGCAUCGGCCCCGGCCUGGGGCGGGCACGGUGCCCCGGAGCGGGCGGGCAGGAAUCGGCCGAAGCGGCGUGCGAGGGAACAAAGCGUUGUCAGGCCUUGCCAGGCGGUGCAGGGAUCGCUCCGGUGCCGACCGGCAGUGACAGAUAUUUCAGAUAUUUCAGAUAUUUGGGCGCUUUUAAGGAGACAAGGCUGCAAUUUAUUUUUUUUGUGGUCUUAGAUAAUAUGAAGAUGGAGGACUAUGAAAUAUUCUGUAGGAAGCAUCUUUCCAGAAUCCAAGAAGAGGCAAUAAAAGGAGAAACCUCUUUGACUGCUCAGAACAAAAAUAUCUCCUUCAUUCAAUUCUAUGGCAUCCCUGUGCUUUCCCCUCUGCUUAGCCUUGAAAAGAAAAAGGAAAUACAGCAGUAUAAGGAGAAAGCACUGGACCUAGAGACCAGGAAACGGGAGUCCCGGAAAAAAACUUUAUUGAAUCGUGUUCAGGAGAUUGUAGAAAAUGUCCAGAUGAAGAAAGGACCCAGCAUGACUGAUGUGAACACAUCAGAGGCUGAGAGUUCUUGCCCUGAUUUGGAUUCAAAGGCUUUGACUGACUUCACAGCUCUAUCAGAUACCAAUUCAGCAUGUUCUCCUGAAAAGCAUGGUUCCAUGAACCUGGAAAAGACACCAGAACUUAGACCAUCAGAUACUGCAGGGCAAACAACAUCAAAUGUGACAGAAGUAGUUAAAGCAGCAGAAGAAAAUGUUUCUUCAAAGCCAAGUAAGAGUCGCUUCUCAGAAGCCACGCCGUAUCCGAAGGCUGCAUCUCCUGACAAGGUGUGUAACAAGCUCCCAUCUCAUACUCUGCAGAAGCAGGAGGGACGAGUGGGGUCACCAUCAGAUGAGGAUGUCCAAGAUCCAUGUGUAAUGAGUCUUCAGAAUCUGAUAAAGAAGUCUAGGGAGUACAUAGAGAAAGAGCAAAGCAAGCGCACCUCAAAAAGCAGUUCAAAGAGGAGUACGAGUGAAAGUCAUUCGGAUAAAGAAAAUGAUGGUGUUAAAACAACCGAGUCUGUGAAAGACAGGGCAAAGUUUACAGGAAGAAGUUGCACUGCUCAGGCACUUGAUAAACCCAGUCUUAAUAAAUCAAAUACCCUUCUCCAAGGUGCCUCUACUCAUACAAAUAACACAAAUAUGUCCACUUUAUCCAGUUUUUCUAAAGUGGACAUACCUAUGAGAGUUGGAACACCUCCUUUGGUGGAUUCGGAUUCGGAUUCGGAAUUGAAGAAGAAUUCUGUGUUUGAGCGUGACAAUAGCAUUGUCAGGAGCCUCACAGGCUCUUAUGCCAAAUUGCCAAGCCCAGAGCCAAGCAUGAGCCCUAAAAUGCACCGACGGCGCCCCAGACCUUUAUCCAUGGGACACAUCAUUAUAAACAACCCUGUGAAUGCUUAUGAGUUAAGUCCUAAAGGCAAGGGUAGAGCAAUGGAUUUAAUCAUGCAAGAUAUUGCAGAUAAAAACAAUGUAUCUGAAUCGGUGCCAAAGUUCAUGGUGGACUUCACUACGGUUUGCCCUGGCAGAGUUCCUGCUGUCCCCAGGAGUUCUUCAGGCCCUUGUGAUGGGUUGGGGGCUGGCAAAGCGAAUCGCCAUUCCUUCGGGUUCUUUGAAAGCAGAGGAACAGUGUCGGCUACGGUGGAAGGACAGAUGGUGAUGGACAACAGAGGGCUGUUUAAAGUAGAGAGCAGUACUAGUAUGGCACCUCCAAAAGUGAAUGAGCCCUUUGGCAGCAGUCAGUCUGCAGUGGCACACAAGAUCCUGGCUGUGAAUGAAAUGAAACCAUCUACUUUGCCAGAAAACACAAAAUGUAAUUCUCCAAUGGAACUCAAUAAAUCUUUUGAUGUGGAAAAUCCAUCUCCACUACUAAUGCAGAGCAAGAAUGUGCGACAGCAGAUGGAUAAUACUCCAAAUGUUUCCCCAGCAAAUGAGCAGUUCCCAGAAAAUUUUGAAAAGGUAAAACGUAGACUUGAUUUGGACACCGACAACUGCCAAAAAGAAAGCAGUUCCUGUGUUCUAGGGGUUGGAAUGGAAGAACAAGAGAAGCAGUGGCUGCAAGAACAGAAAUAUCCUGUGGGAUCAGUUUACAUUACCAAGAAUGCAGUCCUUGAAAAUAUGGCAAAAGAAGAUAUUUUAAAAAAUAAAAUGCUGGCCUUUGAAGAAAUGAGAAAGAGACUUGAAGAACAGCAUGCACAACAACUGUCGAUUCUGAUAGCUGAACAAGAGAGAGAACAGGAGAAAUUACAGAAGGAACUGGAAGAGCAGGAGAGAAAGUUGAAAGGAAAGAAGGUUACUACAACGGAAAUAGAAAUUUCCAAAGUGAAUAUUAACAGUAGGAUGGAGUUGGAGUGGAGGAAAAAAAGUGAAAGUGGCUUGCUGGAAAGUGUGCAGUCUCAGCUGGAGACAGUCCAUAACACAAACUCCACCAGCAUUGGUUUUGCUCAUACAACACCCAGCACCUAUUCUUCAACAAGUGAAACUUCAUUUUAUCUCUGGGGACCAUCAGGUAGUGGAGUUAUAAAAACCUCAGUAUGCAGGCCAAGUAAUAGGAUCAAAACUAGGUGGACUCAGGUUUUCAGUCCAGAGAUACAAAUGAAGUUUGACAAGAUCACUGCAGUGGCAAAGGGAUUUCUCACCCGUAGACUCCUACAGACAGAAAAACUGAAGCAUCUUAAGCAAACUGUAAAAGAUACUCUGGAGUUCAUAAAAACUUUUCAGUCUGAAGCCCCAUUGAAAAGAGGAAAUGUGUCAGCACAAGAUGCAUCCCUUCAUGAAAGAGUAAUGGCUCAGCUACGAGCUGCUCUGUAUGACAUCCAUGACAUCUUUUUCACAAUGGAGGCAUCGGAGAGAAUGAAUAUUCUGCGUCACGAUCGUGAAGUUCGUAAAGAGAAGAUGCUCAGGCAAAUGGAUAAAGUAAAGAGCCCAAGAGAACGAGUGCCACUUUCAACAGCUACACAGAAAUCUCUGGACAGGAAAAAGUUCAUGAAGGCUUCUGAAAUGGGAAUACCAAGUAAAAAAGUAAUCAUCAAACAAAAAGCUCCUGAAAAUCGCAUACUUCAACCAAACCAAGGACAGAAUGCCCCAGUUCAUAGACUGCUUUGCAGACAAGGAACCCCUAAGGCCCCAGAGAAUGGGGCUGGGCAAAAUAGAAGGAAGGCCUCAGGGAGCAGAGUCUGUAACAAGUCUGUUUCAGGAGCAUAUGCAGGAAGAACCCAAAGAAAGAAGCAAAAUGUUGUGAUAAUUUAAGAAGACAACAUUCACUGGGAUAAAAUGUCUAUGUUUUAAUGAUGGCAUUCUCAGCACUGAUUUUUAAUAUUGCAUUUUCUUUACAUAUAUGUAUAUUUAGACAUUAUAAAUCUACUUUGUCAUUUUCAGAUGACACAUUAACACAAUCAUAUUGAAGCUGCUUUGAAGCUCUAAUGCUUGUGGGAAAACUGCAUGUUAGAACUUGUGUACAGACAAGUAUUAAUAUAUAAAAGAUUCAUAAUCUUGUUUAUUUAAAGACUACCACAGGGCAACAUGAAGGUAAUUUGUGACUUUUUCACACUUUCUAAUUCUAGUGUCUGACAUGCUUUUUGCAUUACUUGAAUUGCAAUUUCUGUGUAUAAAUGCCACCAUAAGUAAGUCAUGGGUAUUUAGUUUCAUACCAUAAAGUUAAAGCACCUGAUGUGAAAAAAAAACCCCAAACUUAAUUUAAACAAAAGUGAGCUUUCAAGUCAGUAAAUUUGUCAGGAGCUGUUUUGAAUGUACUUUCCUUAGGAAUGAGAUUGGUUCAAUUUCAGUACUAAAGGCCUUGUACCAAAUGUUUUGCAUUUCUGCUGAGCUGGACGGACAUGGUCCAGAUUCACUCGUGGGCUGAUGGACACAUACUUACACUGACCAAAAAUGUGCAUUUAUAUGUGUGGUAAAUCAAACCACUCUACUGAAAGAGCCCUGGGUUUUUAUUGCCCUGCUGUCUACUGCAUUUUCUUAUGGAAAGAACAUCUGUCUGAUAUGGAGAUGUGUAUGUUCUACAGAAACUUCAGAAGGUAAGAUUUUAACUGUUUUACCAUUUCAGACUUAGUUAUUUCAGUCUGUAAUAGUAAUUCAGAUAUGUUACAUUUAAUUGAUGAAAGUUGCAGUUUUUCUGAGCAGUUUAUCUUCUGCUGUGAUCUAACAGGCCCUUGUACUGAACUCACGAUUUCUGCAGGUGGGGAGCCCCUACCAAAUCCCAACACUUUAAUAUUUAUGGAUAUCUAACAUUAAAAGAUCAUGGUUGUGAUUUAUCUUAGUCUUCCAACUGAUUAAUAUUAUCCACCAGCUUGAGGAGAGCAUAAUUCUCCACCUUCUUUUAAUGAACUUGAGACAUGAUAUUAACAAAGUUCUAGAGGGAAAAGCUCGGCUGUAUAAUUUUUGCAGUGGAGAACUGAUUGACAGAAUGUAAAUUAAGUUAUAUUUUGUUACUUUCCCAGUGUCAAUACAAUACAACGCACUAAACUUUGGAGGCUUUGUAAUGUGUUGACAUGAUUGUAAGAGAAAAAACAUGAACUGAAAAGUUCAUUGUGGUAAAUAGCAUGAAAAAGGAACAUUAAUAAUGGGAUGAGGGCAGUACCUUCAUGGGCAGUGAUGAGUGGAUUGGCUUGACUGUGGCACCAGCCUGUGGCUUUUAUCUGCUACCGAGUCUGUCCUCUGCAGCACUUGAUGCUGUUCAGAACAGGUGCUUUAUACCAGGCACAAAGUUACCCAAAUGCCAUGCUUGGAAAAUGCAAAAACACUGCCCAAGCACCUUGAAGAGAGAUGCUGCUCGGUUUGUUUGAAAGUCUGGGACCGUGGCUUCCCCUAAAGGUGUAAGUAUGAGUUAACAGCAGUGGAAGACCUGCCUCCUUCACACAAAUGCUGUGGUGCUUUAAAAUCUCAGUUGUAAUACAGAAGAUGCCCGAGGCAAGUUGCCUGCUCACCCGAUGGGCAUCAAAGCUGUGUUUAGUUCCCAGCUUCCCUUAGGAGUGGAAAACAUCUCAGGAGAGGAGGAAUUUACAGUGACAAGAGCAACCUCUGUCACAGAUGACGAAAGGUGCUGUUGAUAGAGCAGCACUAAAGAUUGAUGUUUUAAUGGAUGUUUUAUGUGCUGUAUUUAUUAUUAGCAUAGGCAAUAUGUUGAUGCACAGAUAGGUUUAGUGUGUUAGUAGAAAUGAAUGUUUCCCUUCUCUUAGGGUUUCACAUCUAAACCUCUUGUUCUUCAAGCAUGUUUCCAGUGUGUAAUAAAGCAUUAUAGCACAAGGGUUUGUUUUUUUUUUUUUUAACUUUCAUGAGGCCUUUUUCUUGACAAGUGCCAGAAUUUGGUUUUGUACUUGCUGUUUUGUAUUUAUACAUAUUUAUCUUUUUAUUUCGUGUGGAAUUGUGGUACCAUUACAGAACUCUAUUUAUUUUUGUACUUUGUUUCAUUUUCACCAGUCUCGCUUUUUACUUAAAGCAUUCUGCACAAUAAACUCUAAAUCU